AGGUUACCUCGCGGAGGAGAGAGAGAGAGAGGUGGCGAUGGGAAGCGAGGACGAGAGGGUUCUGGAGAACCAGCUAGACAUUCAAUUGCAAGAGCAAAAAGACUCUCUUGCAACCCUCAACCACGCCUUAGUCUCCGACCCCAACAAUCCCGAGCUCCGAGCUCUUCAAGAGGAGGUUGUUCAGGCAAUUAAAGAUGUCGAGGAAGGGCUUCUGCACCUAAAGCGUGCACGGUUAUUACGAGAAGUCGAUUCAGCUCUGGAUCCUUCUCAUCACGCUGAUAAGGAUGUCAAGGAAGAGACUCUUGAUCCAACGGAGGUUCAGCCAGAGCCUCUUGAGGAACCAAGUUACAGUGUUGGAUCAAAAUUUAGGUUCCGUCACUCUGAUGGACGUUGGUACAAUGGUCAAGUUAUAGGACUGGAUGCUUCUAAUACCGCAAAAAUUGCUUUCCUCAAUCCUACUUCUGAAAAUAUGCUGAUUUGCAAGUUCUUUCUACAACAACGAUGUCGAUUUGGUACUAACUGCCGCUUAUCACAUGGAGUUGACGUCCCACUCACCUCCUUGAAAAUGUAUACGCCAACUAUGUGGGAGCAGUCACUAGUAGGGUCAAGUAUUUGGGCUGUCUCAGAUGGUGAAGAAGGUAUUUGGAGGAAAGCUGAACUUGAAUCAUGGGAUGGUUUACUUGGGGUUGGGAGAGUUGUUUUCCAAGAUGAUGGAAGCUCUGCAAAUCUUGGGGAAGAAGCUAUAGCAUUAUCUGAGUUUGCUCAAAUGAGUGAAGAAGAAGAUUCUAGCUCAGAACAAUCUGAUUACAGUGAGUACGAAGACGAGGCCUCACAGGGUUUAGGAUUUCUUGAAAGCACCCGACUACAGAGGGGCAUUCAGACAGAAACGGCCAUAUUUGCUAAGUGGGAGAACCACACCCGUGGUAUUGCUUCCAAGAUGAUGGCCAAUAUGGGUUACCUUGAAGGGACAGGUCUAGGCGCAUCUGGGCAGGGAAUUGUAGAUCCCAUCUCUGUGAAGGUCCUUCCACCAAAACAAUCUCUUGAUCAUGCUGUGGAAUCUUGUGAGAAGGAAGAGGGCGAAGGGAAUCAGGGAAAGAAGCGUAGCAGAGGUGGUAAAAGGAAACGUGACAAGAAGUUUGCAGCAUUGACAAGAGCAGCGAAAGAAGUGGAGUCAACACCUGAUAUGUUUAGUUUUAUUAAUAGCCAACUUGCUAUGCACGGUGAAGCUUUAAAUGGUGGAUCAGCAAAGAAGCAGCAGAACAAAGGGUCAGGGGAGGGGAAGAAAGUUGAUAGGCGGGAUUUGGUGGCUUAUGAGGAUGAAGUGAAGGAGUUGAAGAUGCGAGUUGGAAAGCUAGAAGAAAUGGUGAGUAGAAACAAAAAAGAGAAGGUGGUUUAUGAGGCUGCAAUGAGAAAAUUGAUUGAAACUCGCAGACUCUUGGCAGAGCGGGAGACAGCUCAGGCUUCUGCAUCAAAUGCGGUUGUCAGUAGAGAAAAAGAGAAGAGAUGGCUUAAGUUUUAGGAUCAACAUUAUUAUCUAUAUAUCAUUUGUAAUCAUAGGCACACAACCAUCCUAACUUUGUGGAACCAUGAAGGUUUUCUAGGUCAAGAUUUGGUUGUGAUCACAUAAAUUGACGAUUGACCUUUGUAUGUUGUGUCUUAAGCAAGGUUUCAAAUUUAUUGGAAACAACCGAAAAUUUUUGUCAAAA